CGCUGUGAGUCGAGCGGAGAAGUCAAGCGACACUCGAAGCGAUUUAGCGAACACACAAGUUUCUUACGCUCAGCAGAGCAGACGUGUAGCGCGGAAUAUCGAAUUUUUAUCAAACUCAAGCUCCUACGUCCAUAAACAGCCAGGCUUUAACGAAAAAUCGUUGGAGGAAAAUAAAUAAACAGCCAAACACUGACACACUGACAUACACUUACAGUUACGCGCAAAGGCGAACAGUUCUUUUUCGCCAUCGACUUGUAGUUUACAUCAAAUAAAAUAAAACAUUCUUGAUUUCGGCAUCGAAAACUGAAAUAAACCAAUGAACCUAAUUUCUGUGCUCUCAACUUAAUAUCAAUAAAAAGUUGUAAAUUUGAAAUAACUGUGAAAAUGGGGAAUAACAACAAUGCGCAAACGAAUGGCAGUGCAGCAAAUGGUCAUUUGCCCAACGGUCAUUUGGCAACCGCAUCUGCGCCGACAGAAUCCUUUCUCAACCGCGUUUGGGGUUGGGCGGAUGCCAUAAGGGACUUCCUGUGGUUCAUCAUUUGCUCCAUCGGCUAUAUAAUCCAGGAUCUCUAUUACAUUACGUUUGGUUACCCAGAGAAAGAAUUAAAUACAGACAUCGCGCUGAUAACAGGUGGAGGUAAUGGCCUUGGUCGUUUACUCGCGCAACGCUUGGGGAAAAUGGGUACCAAAGUAGUCGUGUGGGAUAUUAAUAAAGAAGGCAUCAAGGAGACCAUCGAAAUAGUUGAAGCGGAAGGCGGUUACUGCAAGGGAUAUGUUGUCGACAUUUCCAAGAAGGAGGAAGUGUACAAGGCAGCUGAUGUGAUACGAAGUGAAAUUGGCGAUGUAACUUUGUUGAUCAACAACGCUGGUGUUGUGUCUGGCCGUCAUCUUUUGGAUACACCAGAUCAUCUCAUUGAACGUUCCUUCAAUGUCAAUGUUAUGGCCCAUUUCUGGACCACCAAAGCAUUCCUACCUAAAAUGAUCGAACAUGACCGCGGACACAUUGCAACUAUAGCCUCUUUGGCCGGUCACGUAGGCAUCACCAAACUGGUCGACUAUUGCGCUAGCAAAUUUGCAGCUGUUGGCUUUGACGAGGCCCUGCGUUUGGAACUGGAUGUCUUGGGUCACAGUAAUAUACAGACAACCUGCAUUUGCCCUUUCUUCAUUCAGGCAACCGGCAUGUUCGACGAUGUUUAUGCUAGAUGGGUGCCCACAUUGAACCCCAACGAUGUAGCUGAUCGCAUCAUAUUAGCAAUAAAGAAGAACGAAAAGAUUACAAUCAUACCUGGUUAUAUACGACUGCUGCUCUCGCUUAAAUGGACCUUCCCUUGGGGCUGUGUGGGUGGCCUCUUGCGCCGUCUUGUACCAGAUGCGGCGCCACAUGGUGUUGCACAAAAGCCUUUAUCCACAGAUGCGUCCACAAAACAACAGCAACAACAACAAGAGAAGAGCGCCAACACCGCUGCCCUGAAAGUCGCCCACACCAGCUUAAUCACGAAGCACACCAGCGAUCUGAGCACGGAUUUCAGUGAAACGCUGCCGAAGACCGCUUCGUUGUUGGUGCAACGUACACCAUCGCUGGGCGAGCGUGUUCUCUGAGAUUCACUGCUCCAUUUCGCCUUUAACUUAUUUUGCGUUUUUGGCAUUUCCAAUUUGUGCUACUCCCAGCCACUGGCCGGCCGCGCUGCUGGGGCGACGGAGGCGUUCUAUGAUCAGUGCGCAACAGAAGGCGUACUCGUCUAGUGAUAUUACGUUUACUUAGUAUUAUGUUAUUGUUAUUGUAAUUAGUUUAGUUUCUAACGGCUUAGGAUAUGGUUUUGAGCAUAAAUAUAAGGCGAUACAAACGAUAAGUUUUCAAGUACGGGUAAAAUUAUUCCACAAUACUAUAUAUAUGUAUGUAUUUGUAUUUAUUAGCUAGUAAUUCGAAAGUGUUAGCUAUUUUAUUAUGAAUUGUAUUUUAUAAACUUUAAUGGGUGUAAGUCUAGCUCAAUAAACUCAAACGAAUAUUUUGAGAAUAUAUAAUAUAUAUAGAAUAAAUAAGUCCUUUAGGAAUUGUCAUUAAUAGAAGCUCUGAAAGCUUAGUAACAUCGAACAUUUUAUAUAACUAGGUAUGUAAGCAUGUACCUAGGGGUACGAAUGAAUAAUAUAGCUGAAACAAUCAAUCGAAUUAAAUAAAUAAAAAAAUCUCUUACGAA